GAAUGAAGCUCGCUUUCUCUUCGAUCGUGAACACGCGAAAAUGGGGCUGAUGUUCAGAGUGAGGGUUUCGUCCUUCUUCGCCGGAGCCGCCGCUGCCUCCGUUGCCGGAUUCUUCUUCUUCUACAAGGACUACAAGCUCGCCCAGGAUGCCAUCUUCCGCCAGGUGAGGGGCACACAUCUUUCUCUUGAAGACCGUUAUGAACAUCUUGAUAAACGCCUCACUGCAUUAGAGAAACAAAACGAAGCGGAAACUGCAAUCGCUGUGGAGGCUUCCUAGUUGGGCGGGGGAAUAUUUUUCCCUAAAGUAUGAGAUGAUACUUGGGACUUAUUGUCUGUAGAAGCUGAGGCAUGAUAUUUGCUCAGGAAUUCUGAAGGAUGCAAACACAGUUUUAAAAAAAGUUUCUUUUAUGUUGUAAUGUUUUUGGAAUCUUUGUUUAUUU